AUGCAGAAUUGUUUGUGCGAACCUAAAUCAUGUUACAACUAUAGAACGAAUCUUUUAAACCAGUGGAAAAGCCUACCGAACCUACUUGUCAGUCAGAAUUGCGACACACUAAAUUUGCAACAGAAACGUAGUUUAUUUCAAACGCGGCAAGACACGUUGGUUCCAUGUUACGAACGUUCAAAAUCGAUGGAUUUUGCUUACAGUAAUUGCGAUGUCCAUUUGACGCUUGUUGACGAGGAGAAUGCGAUGGAUUUUUCGACCUACGAUCUUUAUCUGAGCAAAGAUUUUACAGAUUUGAUGGACGCUUCGUUGUCCGAGCGCUCCGACAUCGAUUCCAACGAAGUUAGAACGGAAUUGGACGAUUCGUUCGACUGUUGGAGCGAAUUACAGUCAAGUGAACUUACUCAAACGAAUUUGUCUCAGUCGCUUGCAUCUCAGAUGUACUCUUAUGAAAACUUAGACAGAGUCGGGAAAAAUCUAUAUAAGAUUAAUAAGUGGUUUCAACGAUGCAGCAUUGAUAAUGAAGAUAGCAACGAAAGAACAGACUGA